AUGUCGCCACUGCAACAGACGUCAUCACACGCUUCUUCAUAUCGAGCUGAACAACGAUAUGGCAAGGACAGAAAUGUGCCAUCUGCCUCCACGCAGUCGUCCCAAGCCGUUGCAACUACAUCACAGCCGACCAGAAGCCAGUUUUCACCUCAGGUUGCCUUGACUGUGAAUGGAGAGGCUACCUCCACUGUCCUGUUAUCUACAGUGAUCAUCAACAUCAUGGACGACCAAGGGAUUGAGCAUCAUGCGCGAGCACUACUGGAUAGCGGCUCGCAAUCGAACUUCGUGUCUGGUAGAUUGGCCCAACUACUGCGGUUGCCAAGGAAACUUGUCAACAUUCCUCUAUCGGGCAUUGGUGGCAGCUCAAACAUCAACGUCCAACAUGCUGUAGGAGCCACAAUUCGAUCCCGCUGCUCCGACGAUACGUUUUUCGUCAAUUUACUGGUUUUGCCCAAACCUACGGCAAAUUUACCAACUCGGCCGGUAAACAUCAGCAACUGGAACAUCCCGGCUGAAUACAUUUUGGCAGAUCCGACGUUUAAUCAGCCUGGAAGUGUGGACAUCAUGCUUGGUGCCGAGAUGUUCUACGAGUUGUUGAAGGAGCGUCGUGUAUCAUUUGGUAAGCAUCGUCCGAUACUUCAAGAGUCGAAAUUCGGCUGGAUCGUGAGUGGAACUGCUCUUGUUGAAAUAUCUGUCGAGCCAAUUGUGUGCAUGACAGCAAUCGACGAUCUGAUGAAGAAAUUCUUUGACAUUGAGGAACUGAAUGAUGAGCCUAACUGGAGUUUGGAAGAACGAGCUUGCGAAGAUUUUUAUCGUAAAACAACUACUCGCAACGAAAACGAGAAAUACAUCGUCCGACUACCAAGGAAAUCACAAAUGUCUGGAAAGCUAGGAGACUCCAAAGUGAUUGCUUUGCGGCGGUUUCUGGUUAUUGAACGUCGUCUCCAGAGGAAACCAGAAACUCGAAAGGCAUACAUAGAGUUCAUGGACGAGUAUCAGCGUAUGGGGCAUAUGUGCAAAGUGCCAGCAGAUGAAUCAACUGGUGAAACCUUUUACCUUCCACACCACCCGGUUUUUAAGGUCGAUAGUACUAAAACUAAAUAUCGAGUCGUUUUUGACGCAUCAAGCAAGUCCAGUAACGGAUUGUCUCUGAAUGACACACUGAUGGUCGGACCGACCAUCCAACAAGAUGCAACAUCCAUUUUGUUACGGUUUCAAACGUAUACCAUCGCACUGACGGCAGAUGUGGCCAAGAUGUACCG